AAGCAGAAAACUUGAAGACGGAAACACCGUUUAACCACAACGGAGCCGCAGACGAAGAAAUCAAACGUUUUUCUCAUCAGUUUUAAAUUAUUUUCCACAUUUAAAGUGUUCUAACUCUGGAGAUGGAGAGCCUGCGAGCCGUCGUCUACCUGUCCAUCUUCCUGUCGGCGAUGUCAUCCGUUUGUCAGGGUGAAAGGUCAACUGAGGGUCAGCUGCCGUCGGCACCGGACGAGCCGACCUUUGGAUUUGAACUGGCUGAAGCUCUGCAGGGUCUCCUGGACGAAGCUGACAGCAGAGUCGGCCUCUCUGUGGAGAAGAAGGCCAGCGUCAUCCCCAGGUGCGAUGUGGGCGAGCGCUGUGCGAUGAAACACGGACCUCGGAUCGGCCGGCUCUGCGACUGCCUGAGAGGAACGGCCUGCAACACCUUCUUCCUGCGCUGCUACUGAUCGUUACUUUAAUCCUGUGAGGAGGUGAAAUUUAAUCGUUAAUCUAUAAUCGGGUCAAACAGAGCCGGUCCUCACAGAUAGAAGUACGGACCGACUCCCUCCUGUUCGUCUCGGUGUUUUUGUGUUUUUGUUUUAAAGUUUCUGUCUGUAAUUCAGAUUUGUUGGUUUUUGUUAGUAAAGGUUUUUUCCAAAGCUGCGUUAUGGAAAUGAUUUUAUGAUUUUUUUAUUUUAUUUUAUUUUUUUUUUAUGUAAUUUGUUCGCCUGACAAGUCAAACACAAACUUUUGUCGUCAGAUAAAUUUUAAAUAUUUCUUUAACACAUAAAUGUGGAUUAUUGUAUUUAUUCUUGAAGCACAGCUGUAAACAUUUAGUUUAGGUUGUUUGUCUUUCUCUGUUUAUUUUUAAAGUAUCUGAAAUUCAAUGUUUACUUUAAGUAUAUUGUGUGUUCUCUAUAUACAGUUAUUUGAAACAGAUGUUGUAGAUAUUCUUUAUCUGCCUAUUUGUAUGUUUGUGUCUGUGAAUCUUUAUCUUUUUGGAAUUAAAUAAAUGGUGGUGUACCACAAAGCUCACUACAAAGA